UGACUGAUGAUGAUCUUUAUCUGAAUCUGAUUUUAGGUCAGUUCCUAGAAAUGGAACAUCAUUUUCUGUGAAGUUCAGCACCUGUUUGUCCUCCCAGCUGUGCUGCAGCUUGUCUGAUUGCAGGCCACCAACACUGCAGAAUGCUGUUCAGCCCACUCCAGGGCUCUUGCCUUGUUUUCAUUUGCAUUUUUUUAAAUUACUAGAGAAGUUGAACAUUUUUUUUUUUUAAAUUUCAGAGAGGAAGGGAGAGAUAGAAACAUCAGUGAUGAGAGAGAAUCAUUGAUCAGCUGCCUCCUGUAUGCCCCAUACUGGGGAUCGAACCCACAACCCGGGCAUGUGCCCUGACCAGGAAUUGAACCGUAACCUCGUGGUUCAUAGAUGGAUGCUCAACCCCUGAGCCACGCCUGGCGAGAAGUUGAACAUUUAAAAAAUGUUUACAGAAUAAUGUACUCUGGGCCUGGGUUGUGUCCUGAAAUGCACACCCUGGUUCUUACUCCAGGGUCAGCUGAGGUGGGGCGGCUGCUGCCUGCUUCCCUGAGUUCCCACCCUUUGGUGUCCAUGCGUCUUUUGGAUUCUUCUUUAAAAAUCAGCUUAACUCACCCAUUUAAAUAUCCUAUUAAAGAUAUUUAGUAUAUUCACAGGGGGCACCCAUCACCACAAUCUAAUUUUAGGACAUGUUCGGACUCCCUAAAAGAAACUCCGUUCCCAGGAGCAACAUGCCCUAUGUCUCCCCAUCUCUCCCACAUCCAGCCCUAAGCAGUUGGACCCAUUCUUCCAGCCUCAGCACCCAGCAUGGCAUCAGAGUCAGUGAGCAGCCUGUGUAGGUUGUCUAAAUCCCGAGGACCUGUUGGCUCCAUCCCCUGGAGCCCAGUUCACGGUCGCACCGGCGAGCAGAAUGCUCAGGGCAGCAGUGGGCAGAGGAGAGCUAUGCGAGUGCAGCAUGGGUGUGCCGUUGGACCACGGGCGCCCGCGGGGGUGCGGGAAACGCUAUGCACCGGGGAUGCGGGAGUGGUAGCGGCCCAUGUCCGGGGUGUGUCCCCGGCGGGGCCUGGUCUAGGGUCCGCGAGGGUCGCCUGGAGAUGGUAGCUGGCCGCUGGGCGCUGGCGGAGCUGCCCCGCCCCGAGAGGCGCCAGCCCAGGCGGCGCCCGGGCGGCCGGGUGGGCGUGGCCGCGGGGCCGGGGGCGCCGGUGGGCUCCGCGUGGGGGAAGAUCCCGAGGGGCGGGGGCGGGCCCGCGCGGCGCAUGCGCGCUGCAUUGUUUUGACUGAAAAUGCCGUCUGUUUCGAAAGCAGCGGCGGCGGCGCUGAGCGGGUCCCCCCCGCAGACGGAGAAGCCGACCCACUACAGGUAUCUAAAGGAGUUUAGGACAGAGCAGUGCUCCCUGUUUGUGCAGCACAAGUGCACCCAGCACAGGCCAUUUACCUGUUUCCAUUGGCAUUUCCUAAAUCAGCGUCGGCGCAGACCGCUCCGCAGGCGCGACGGCACCUUCAACUACAGCCCAGACGUGUACUGCUCCAAGUACGACGAGGCCAGUGGCGUGUGCCCCGACGGCGACGAGUGUCCGUACCUGCACCGGACAACCGGCGACACCGAGCGCAAGUACCACCUGCGCUACUACAAGACGGGCACGUGCAUCCACGAGACCGACGCCCGGGGCCACUGCGUGAAGAACGGGCCGCACUGCGCCUUCGCCCACGGCCCCCUGGACCUGCGGCCCCCGGUGUGUGACAUCCGGGAGCUGCAGGCCCAGGAAGCCUUGCAGAACGGCCAGCUCGGCGGUGGGGAUGGCAUCCCUGACCUGCAGCCUGGGGUCUUAGCCAGCCAGGCCAUGAUCGAGAAGAUCCUGGGCGAGGACCCCCGGUGGCAAGACACCAACUUCGUGCUGGGCAGCUACAAGACCGAGCAGUGCCCGAAGCCGCCACGCCUCUGCCGCCAGGGCUAUGCGUGUCCCCACUACCAUAACAGCAGGGACAGGCGGCGGAACCCCAGAAGGUUCCAGUAUCGGUCCACUCCGUGCCCCAGCGUGAAGCACGGCGAUGAGUGGGGUGAGCCCUCGAGGUGUGACAGUGGGGACAGCUGUCAGUACUGCCAUUCACGCACGGAGCAGCAGUUCCACCCUGAGAUCUACAAAUCCACAAAGUGCAACGACAUGCGCCAAACCGGCUACUGCCCUCGGGGUCCUUUCUGUGCCUUCGCACAUGUGGAAAAGAACCUGGGAAUGGCCACCGACUGGGGCUGCCGAGACCUCACGCCCACCAGCAGCUCCACGGCCAGCAGCGGCCCACCUGGAAACGCAAAGUGGAGGGACUCACCUGCUGACGGCAGCCAGAAAGCCAGUGAGCACGACAGUAAGCAGAACCACCUGGCGGUGUUUACAGUGGUUCACCCGCUUGCUCCCAGCGUGAGCUCCAGCGUGGCGUCCAGCCUGGCGUCCAGUGCUGGUUCCAGCGGCUCCUCCCCCACUGCUCUGCCCAUUCUCUCGGCCCGUGCCCACCCACUGGACCCCACUGGCAGUGCCCUCGAGUCCAUCCCAGGUCCUGCCUUAGAGCUCCAUCUUAGUGAUGUAAGCCUCGCUCCCCUGGAUAAGGAGCUGGACGAGCAGGACGGAAGUGACCUGGGACCCACAGGUCAGAGGUCGCUGGGGGGCUCAGAGCCCGUCACCAUUCCUGGCUGCCUGGCCCGCUCCCCAUCCCUGCAAUCCUCGUCAUCCCUGUCCACCUCCCCGCUCAGCUCGCUCUCCCAGUCCUUGUCGGGGCCUCUUGUCUCCUCGGCCAUGACGCCCCCCCAGCAGCCACCACCCCUCAAGUCGGAGCCCAGGGUGCUGGGCUCCUCGGCCUCGUCCUACAACUCCCUAGGUUUGAAUGGCGUCCCUGGGAGCAUCUGGGACUUUGUUUCCGGCAGCUUCUCUCCCAGCCCGUCCCCCAUUCUGAAUGCCGGCCCCACAUCCACUGCAAGUGCAAGUCCAAAUGGCGCCGAACUGGCACGGGUCAGGCGGCAGCUGGACGAGGCCAAGAGGAAGAUCAGGCAGUGGGAGGAGUCCUGGCAGCAAGUGAAGCAGGCCUGUGACGCAUGGCAGCGGGAGGCCAAGGAGGCGAAGGAGCGUGCGCUGGCAGCGGACAGUGCCCGGCAGCUGGCACUGCAGAAGAAGGAGGAGGUGGAGGCCCAGUUCAGGCAGCUGCAGGAGGAGCUGGAAGGCCGGGGCAUGUCCACACUCCCGGGGCUGCGGGGCUGCAGCGACAUCGGUGCCAUCUCACUGCCCAAGCUACAGUCGCUGCAGAGUCAGCUACGCCUGGAUCUGGAGGCGGUGGACGGGGUGAUCUUCCAGCUCAGAGCGAAGCAGUGCGUGGUGUGUGGGGAGCCGGCCCGCGGCGCCGUCCUGCAGCCCUGCCAGCACCGUGUGCUCUGCGAGCCCUGUGUGGCCAGUGCGCCCGAGUGCCCCUACUGCGAGGGCCAGCCCCUCCAGUGGUGACAGCAGCCAUGGUGGCCUCACUUCCUGGUGCCACCGACGUCGGGACCCCAGCCCAGCUGCAUCGUUUCAUGGUAUUCUCGUAGACCUUAAAGGCAAACCCACGCACCCACCUGCAGCCCAGGUUUCGGGUGGGCACAGUAAUGACAUGGGGUUUGCGGUCCUGACACUACUGUGACCACAUCCUGGGAGUUCACGUCCCGGGCAAGCACUUUGUAAGCAGAGGAAUUUACGUGGACGGUCUCAGCUGCUAUAAGCUGCUUUCUAGGUUCAUGUCUUUUUAAUAUGCCAUAUGAAGCUUUGUAUGUGUACUGUGAACUUAAAGUAUUUCCUAUCAGUUUAUUGUAAUUCAUAGUAUGGUAAAUAUAUUAGAUUUCAUAUUCUGAAAUUAGUACUUAUGAAAUGAGCAUUUAUCUAGUAGUGAGAAAUGCCUAGGAUUUUUAUAGGUUUUAAAUUAAGUGCAAAUAGUAUUUAUAGCAGAGUGAUUAUUGAAAGACAUACAUUUAGAUGUUUUUAAUUUUAUGAAAGGAACUGUUCCUAACCAUGUGCUUGUGCACACUAAUAGGAGUUUUAUUUCCCAACACCGUGCAAAAUGAGGGAGCUCAGUCACGCAUCUACGACCCGUGGCCACUUUUUCUAAGUGCCUGUGCCUUGCAAAAGGAGAAUGGUUCAUUUGGUUUUAUUUUCUCCCUUGAAACUUCGUGAGACAAUUUGAUACUCAUGAAAAGUGCAACCAAGGGGGUACAUCUGUUUUACAAACCGCUUUGCAUAGCUUCCUGGAGCUGGCCCCUGGGCACUCCCCACACCUGGGACCACCUGGACUCCUGCCAGAGUGGGCAGGCUCGCCCGUCUUCAGCACAUUCGACUUCAGGCGACACUUUGGACACUGUUGUCUGAACUGUGUGUCUAGGUAUUGUCAGUCAUCCGUGAAGACCUGCUGUGCCAGGGCAGGGGGCUGCCCUGAGGACCUGGCUCUAAUGCUGGUCCCCGGGCUCCCCAAGUAGCAGCCUGGCUUCAGGUCCAUGGAGGAAACGCCCGAGAACGGGUCUGAUUUAGUGAUGACCUGAAGUCUUCUCUGGUCUACGAGGGGUCAUUUUUUUCUAGAAAUCUGGGAAAAGAUGUCUGUAGUUUACCCCAGCUUUGCUCAGUGAGGCCAAUCUAGAUUGCUGUGAGGAAGUCUUCGCAGAACCUGCCAUUUGGGAGGCAGGAGCAGGUACUGGCCCCUCUAGCCUGGAAGUGAACACUUGUGUUUCUACUUGCCUGGGGCUUUGCCAAAGAAUUUUAAUAGCAUUUUUAAAGUGCAAAGUGACUAGGUAAAAAUUUUUAUCAGUGACCAAAUUAGAAUGUAUUUACUAUAAUAAGCGUAAAACAUUUUUAACAUAAGACAAACUGAUAAACAGUUAUCAUUUUAAAGGCGGACCCAUGACAUUCCACAGCUAGUGUGCUACUAAGGUUAACUAUUGACUUGGUUUUAAUAAAUCCUGUUUUUAAUUAUAGUGAUGAUGACUUAUUAGGUCUUAGAAAUUACGUAUAUUUUGUGCUGUUAUCACUGUUUAAAAUUAUUUUUUAUUAAUAUUUAUGCACUUGUUUCCAUGUUAGGCCUUCGGCCUUUUUGGGGAUAACAGGACCGUGUUUAUUACUGAUAUCUAGCCUAGACAUUUUACAAUUAUAAACAAUUUAGAACAAUUAAGCUUUAGGUCUAUUUAUAAGCUACUCGGUCAGUUCUGUGGAGUUUGGGGGCCAUAGGUGUAGUGCCCACAGGGGUACCACAGCUGGUGUUCGGGCGCAGCCCUUGAGCACUUAACCUUCUCAGGUCAGGACUGGCUCUGAGAAUAGAUGUGUGGUGGGAAGACCAAAGAACCAUCCAGAAUGGAACUCCCAGGGUGCCCGGGCGCAGUUAGGGCUGUCAUUGUGGUACACUCCCAGGGGGCUGCUCCUUGGGGUCCUCCCCCACCACCUGCAGGGGCCCUGAUCUUAUGAGGGAGCCACCCUUUGCAGGCCUCAUGGGCUUAGGGGCCUCACCAUCCCCUCUGUGGGUGGGAGGGGAGUGCUGGGUGCAGCAGUGAAAGCCGUGUGGUGCUCAGUGUCUCAGCUCUAGUGCUCAAUAUUAGCAGUAAUAUUAUUGUCAUACUAUUUGUGCAGCUGAUCAGCAAACCUCACUCAGUGUGUGGACGCUUCAUGUGGACUAAUUUAUGAAAGCCCCCCAUCUGUAUGUUUGUUCUGAGUAUUUAGAUGAGAAUGUUAUUGGAAUGGAAUUUUCUUAACCCAGAAGGUAGUAUUUAUAAGGCAUAAUCAUUUACGUUAGUGAAUUGUUUAAAGUUAACACUUGUUUAAAUUUUUUUACACUACAACAUUUAUGCAAUGGUUUACAGAAUUCAUGGAAUUAUUUUUAUCAGUAUGGAAUUAAAACUUUGAAUCUUUA